CUUUUUUUAGGAAAAUUUCGUUUUGCUUUUAUCUCUCUAACCUGCAGAACAAAAGACUCUGUUAUCUCGGCUUGGCUUUUCUUCUUUCUUUCUUUUUUCUUUACGUUGUUUUGGAAAAUAAUUCCAUUUUUCAUUAUAAUAUUAAAAAAAAAAAGAGAGUGAGAGGAGGGACUUUCAUGGCCAUAUCCAAAUGUGAAUGUGGUAGCUUUUUCCUUCUAUCUUGUUUGUAACUCUUCCUCUCAUCAAUUUCUUUAAAUAAAACUCCUAUUCAAGACUCAGCCUUUCUUCUAAUUUCUAAGCUUGCAAACUUCAAAAAAUUGACCAUUUCAUGGUUCCAAGCUUGUAGCUUUUUCUCUUUUUGGACAAAGUCCUUGUAACCCAUUUCUUCCUUUCUCUUGAUCUAUCAAAGAAGAAAAGAAAAUGUUUGGUACCCAAAGCAAAAGGGACCUUGCCUUGGAAUUGCAAGCACAAUUUCCAAUCUUGAGGCCAAGCAUCCAUGCAAGAAGAGCAAAUCUGACAGUUAAAUUCCAAGACCUUUAUGGGUUCACAGUAGAAGGCAAUGUGGAUGAUGUUAACGUGUUGAAUGAGGUCAGAGAAAAGGUAAGGGAACAAGGGCGUGUUUGGUGGGCACUUGAAGCAAGCAAAGGGGCUAAUUGGUAUCUGCAGCAACAGGUUUCUUCAAUAUCUGAAGGAAUUGUGUUGAAAUCUUCGCUCAAAUUGUCAGCUUUGGCUAAUUCUAUUACACUGAAGAAGCUUAUUAGGAAAGGUAUUCCCCCUGUGCUUAGGCCGAAGGUUUGGUUUUCGCUUUCGGGUGCCGCCAAGAAGAAGUCUACGGUGCCUGAAAGCUAUUAUAAUGAUUUGACAAAGGCGGUAGAGGGUAAGGUUACAGCUGCUACAAGGCAGAUUGAUCAUGACCUUCCGCGAACCUUCCCUGGUCACCCAUGGUUGGACACUCCAGAGGGCCAUGCUGCUCUCCGACGUGUGCUUGUGGGGUAUUCUUUUCGUGAUUCUGAUGUAGGCUACUGUCAGGGCUUAAAUUAUGUUGCAGCACUGUUAUUGCUUGUUAUGAAAACAGAGGAAGAUGCAUUUUGGAUGCUUGCUGUCCUCCUUGAAAAUGUUUUAGUUAAUGACUGUUACACAAAUAACUUAUCUGGAUGCCAUGUUGAGCAAAGGGUUUUUAAAGAUUUGCUUGCUAAGAAGUGCCCAAGGAUUGCUGCUCAUUUGGAAGCAUUGGAGUUUGAUGUCUCCCUUGUUGCUACUGAGUGGUUCCUGUGCCUCUUUUCUAAAAGCUUGCCUUCAGAGACAACUCUGCGGGUGUGGGAUGUCCUUUUCUAUGAGGGGGCAAAGGUUCUUUUUCAUGUAGCUUUGGCUAUAUUUAAGAUGAAGGAAGAGGAGUUGCUUCUAACACAUCAGGUUGGUGACGUUAUUAACAUAUUACAGAAACAUACUCAUCAUCUUUUUGAUCCUGAUGAGUUAUUGACGGUUGCAUUUGAUAAGAUUGGUUUUAUGACAACGAACACAAUAUCAAAGGAAAGGAAAAAGCAAGAACCGGCAGUAAUGAAAGAGCUUGAUCAGAGAUUGAGAAGACUAAACUCUCUGAGAACGGAUGAUGACAAGCAACAAUUGGUUUGAGAAGACCAAGUUGUACAUCAAAAUAUGGAACUGUUGCCCUUAAUGUAGAAGAAUAUGAAUUGAAUGCCUUAUUUAUUGUGUGUCUCAAGGAGCAGGCAAAGAGAGUCUCUCUGUUGUUUUCCAGGAUGUUGUGGGUGAUAAAAUGUAAAUUUUGAACCCAUAGCAUCUACGCAGCUCAAGUUACUUUGCAAAAUCAAUCAGGGAACUGUUGAAUUUUCCCGGCCCAUUGAUUUUAAUGGCCAUUGGCUGCUUCCUCGGAAUGUUUCCAGCUCCAGGGCUACUUUAAAACAGUUUCUGACCUGUUUUUCCUUC